AUGAUGCCCCCACAGCAGAUUCUUCAGCAACAGCUGGAAUCCUUUAAAACUCUUCGGCAGCAGAUUCUGGAGAAUGUUAACAUGGUACAGUCUGAAAUCAGCGAAAUACUAAAUAAAAAUAUAAUUGAAAUGAAAACUCCACAGUGUAGCUCAGGCAAGAUACUGAUGAUUAGCACCCCAAGUGAUGUAUGUCUGCCUGCAGAAAAUCCUGAAUCAUCACUUUCUAAUAAAAAAGUUCAUCAUGAUCAACAAGCCGCAUGCAAGGAACAAGCAGAGUCUGAAAGCAAAACUGUACAUAAAGAAUUUCGAAGCAAUUACAGUGAAGGUGAGAGUUUCCAGCUUAAUUUUUUUUCCCAAAUGGUGAAAGAUGAGUUAAUAACGCUUGAUCAUAAAAAGCAUCUAGCAAAAGAACAAAGCCUGAGUAUUUUUAAUGAAACAUUACUGAGGCUUGAAAAUCAGAAGUUCACUAAAAUCCAAGUACCCUGUGAACAUGAUGAGAAAACUGAAGGGUUACAGAAGUCCCUGAAAAAUUCUGAGCACUUGCAAAACAGAGUACAUGAUCUUGAGACGGAAAAUCUGCUUCUCAAGAACAAAGUGAAACCUCUUAAUAUUACAAUACAGUCUUUGAAAGAAAAAGUAUCAAUAUACAAUAAGCAAAUUCGAGAUUUAGUUGAAGAAAAGAAACGGAUGCAAAGCCAGUUAGUUAAAUCAGAAGAUGACAGUAAGGAAAGCAUUAAGGAAGUAAAGAAGCUGUUAAGAAGAUGCAAAGAACUCCAGAAUCAGAAAAAUAUCCUUGAGGAAGAGAGGACUCAACUCUAUAAUGGAAACCAACGUACAAUACAAGCACUAAAGGAUUUUCAAAUUAAGAACCAGAAAGUAGAGGAAGAGAUGACUGUUGUUACCUGUGAAAAAGAAAGGCUCAAUGCAACAUUAGAGUCCUUGCAAAAGGAACGUUCCAUGUUACAAGAAGCAAAUAAAAAACUUGAGAUAGACACAUCCCAGCUUAUGAAAGAAAAGAAUUCCCUAGAGGGAGAGCUUGAAAGAAAUCAGAGUGAAAUACAGCAAAUGCGAGAAAAAGAAACUGCAACAAAAUCUGAACUGGAGACCCUUCUUCAGUUAACACAGGCACUAGAGGACAAAAAAAAUAACCUUGAAAUGACCCUGCAAGAAUGUUCUAAUACCAAAGAGAUGCUGCAGAAAGACUUUGAGAAAGUUCAGUUUGAAAAAGCUCAUACAGAAAAGAAACUCAUGACUGAACUCAGAUAUGCAAAAGCAGAUAUUGAUCUUUUAAAAUCUAAUUUGACCAACGCAGACAGAGAACGCGAGAGGUUAUCAACAGCAAUAACUAACAUCACCGAGGAAAAUCAGUUACUUAAGAAAGAGCUUCAGGAAUACAGACAAGGAGCUUCCAAAUACGAGAGUGACAUUAGAAAGCUGACUGAAGAACGCCUGCUAUUAGAAAAUCAUCUGCGGAGUGUUGAAAAUGAGCGGGAUGUCCUGCAGUUUGAAUUCCGCCACCUGCACAACGAUUACGCUUAUCUCCGUGGCCGAGCUACAGCGCUGGCGCGUGGGCAGAGCAAACCUGGCUGCAGUUCUGGCAUCACGCAGGAUAACUGUUACUCUGAAUACUCCCCUGCAAUUUCUGAUCCAAAGCAUGCAGCUCUGGAAUGCCAGUCACAAGGAUUUUCACUGAUGCCAGGAAUUGUGAAAUCCAGUGUGGACUUUCCUUUAAAACUAUCACUCAGCUAG